UUUUUAUUUCUCUCCCCAGCCACUGAAUCACUGAACUUCGUGCAGUGAAUCACAUCGAGAUAUUUUUCUCAGGAACAAACGGGUGUACUUUGUAAAUCAUCAACAGACAUCAAAGACCAAGCCUUGAUACACUUUCGUAAGGUCAUUUUUAGUCAAGAAUCAGAAACGGGUUAAGGAUGACGUGGAGCCAUUGCAGGAAUUGAAGCGAUGCCCUUUGGUGGCACCCCCACUAGUGGAUGGUGUCAAUCUGUAAUUGAAUGAUGCACGGUCCCAUUGAAUGGUCUUCAGAAGUGGUGCCAUCAACCAGUCCAUGCUUAGAAUAAAUAGACAAUGGCUGUUGAUCAAAAUCUGGCCAUGGGUCCCUUACAAAGGAAUAGUGAAAUUCUUGAUGAGUUGAUUCAGAGUAGAGAGGAUGAUGAGGUUGCUCUUUGCUCGGAGCUGAUUAACGUCGGCAGUGCAAGUACGAUGAAUUCAUCUCAGUAUCAAGAGUUUGUGAACCCUUUGGCAGAACAACAUGAUUCCAAGGAGGUGACUUUGAACCAGCUCCGGACAAACGCUGGUGGCCAGCCCCAUGCGUUCGGCUCCGGUCAGGAAGUCGGUGACGCAUUGUCUCCGUACGUUGAGGUCGAGACUGACGAUUUGGAACCGCGACCAAGCUCCUCCGUGUCAGGAGACGAGUUACAGACCAGUCCUUCCUUCGUAUUUGUCGCAAAGCGGGCCACGCGGUUCGGGCUUGGGACAAGCAGUUCGGAUGCUUUUUUUGAUAGAAGCGACUUGGAUAAUGAGGAAAGUGAACAUUUUGUGUUUGACGAUGGAAUGUCCGACGAUCCACACGAGGAGCAAUCUCAGAUAACGUUUACCGCUCCCUUGAUCACCGACGACAGGGAGCUCAAGGGUUUUCAUGACAAUGCAGUGCUCUCCGAUUCUACUGCAGACGAGGGCCACAAUAAAAUGCAAUUUUUAUCAGAGCCAGAUGACAAUGAUGUGACUCUUAAAGAAGACAGUUCCGAAUCUUUAGAGCUAAACGGUGCCAUUGAAACUAAGCGGGCCAAAUCACCACUUUUAACCAGUCUGAUGAGACCGGGAAAGAACCAUUCGAAUAAGAUUCACACAUCGAAGUUUCCAGGGAAGGACAGUGAGAAGCAUCCCAUUCUGGACCCAUCCCUGUCCAAGUCGGAGGAGUCAUCCGAUGAAGACUCUGCACUGAUCAACGACUCGGAGGACACAGAGCACAUCUUUUCUCCCAGCAAUCUCUCGGAAGACACAGAAAACCAAGCCGUCUGCAGCAAAUAUUCUCAGCUGUCAGAGGAUGGUUCAUUCCCCUCGUCUCCGGUGAAAUCUCCGACGUCUGACAGUGAGACAGACACGGGGAAAGAUGCUGGGGACACGGCCAAGAUUGUCUUUGACCACCCGCUAGAUCUGGGCGUGGCUUUCUCGGAGUACGUCGACAUUGACAGUUUUCAGGCGUCUCUUGGGAAAAGGACCCCUCGGACAGAGGAAGGCUAUGGAGGCAAGUCAGAGGAACAUCUGCUUGUCCUGCUCAAGUCGAAUUCUCUGAAGAAUUUGAAGCGAUAUUUGCGCAAAUCGUACUCAUCCCCGGAGAGCAACGCCAGACGCAAGCUGUGGGAGAACUUGUGCGUGCAUCUCCUGAAGGCGGGAGGCAGUUUGUACAACAGUGUGUCGGCCGAGCUGUACCAAGGACUACCGGAGGAGGACUACCCGCUGCCCAGCUUCGUGGACCAGCAGCAUCUGCUGCACUACCACCUGACAGCCGCCGGUCGCAAGACGCUCAAGACAAUCCUGGACGUGAUCAGCUCGCUCAGUCCCGACAUCGUGUUCUGCCCGCUGCUCUACCCGAUGGCCUCUCUCUUCCUCCACUACUGCGACGCCGAGAGCUGCUGCAACUGCAUGCAGGCCUUGCUGCGCAGCACCGCGCCCACCUACCUGACCCAGACCAGAACCGCGGCCGACGCCACAAAGUUUGUUUUACGCGAUUUGGCCAAAAAAUACACAAAAAAGGCUUACGACUUAGUGAGCAGGAGCUCCAACAAUGUGGAGAGCGUGUAUGAGAACUGGGAGGCCUGGAUAUUUCGGGACUUACCCUUCCAGUAUUUGGUGUGUGUGGUGGACAGCUACCUCCUAGAGGGCUACAAGGUCCUCUACCGCAUCGCUCUGGCCAUUGUCCAGCUCUACACCAAAGACGUGGCCCGGAAAGGAGGUCAGCAGUCGCCCGUGACCAACGUUUCGGCGGCCAUCUCCAGGUUCUGUAGGAAUCUUCCGGAUGACUCUAGAAAACUGCUCAAAGAAGCGUUUGGCAUCAAGCGACUGACGCGCCGGGAAAUCGGCAAGCUCCAGAACAACUACGAGCGGUUCCUCAAGGUCCAAUCAGAGUCGGAGGAGGGACUGCCCCGCGUCACAUCGCGGCUCAGCAUGGGCCAGGCCGACACGAGCAAGUGCACCUUUAGCGGGCCCGUCGUUUUGGACCGGGCGGACAAUUCCAUUCUCACAAAUGAAAUGCUGCACAAAAUCUGGGGCUGGGUGCCGCGGCGUCUGACCUUGAAGCGUCUGACCCAGCUGUACACAUCGGAGGAGCACGGCUUCUCGCUGACCACCAUGUACGCCCGCACCGAGAUGUACGAGCCUGUCCUCAUGGUCAUCAAGGCCGCCACUGACGAGAUCUUCGGAGCGUACUGCACCACGGCCUGGUACACUCGCCACCAGGUCAACAAACCCAGCAUGUCUUUCUUCGGGAAGGGAGAGGCGUUCGUGUUCAGCCUUCACCCGCGGUUCAAGAAGUACCAGUGGGUGGCGCUGACCGGCGGGAACCAGAACGCGCCGGAUCUGUUUCAGGCCGGGGAUGAGAACAUGCUCAUCAUUGGCAGUGGUAACGGAGAGGCCAUUUGUCUGGACCGAGAGCUGAAUCGGUGCCGGUCCGUGCGCUGCGACACUUUUGACAACGAUCCGUUAUGUGAGGGAGGAGAGUUCAGCUGCAAAGUGUUGGAGGUUUACGGGUUCGUGGACUGAGAACAGAUGCUCAUCAACCUGUCGCCAUUCCAACUCGCGGAUCUCUCCAAAGACUGGGUCAAGCAGUUUUUUUUGCCGGGGGGGGGGGUUUGGUCUUACGUGCCAGCGUAGUAUUACUUACCGUUUCCUCGUUGUGUCUUUCAUGUUGUGAGUGCUGUAGAAGAGUAGUCGAGGUAGUCCUCGCGUCUGAUAUGAGCGUAGAUUUUUAGCGUUGCAUCGAGUCGUCAAUUCAUCCAUUGUCUCUUGUCGCUGUUCGAGGUGUGUGCACAUGUGAAGUAGCUUUGUGUCGUCGUGGAAGGUUUCAGUAUGCGAUCACAUGGCGUUGUCAUUCGGCUUUGAAAUAUUCUUUUUGAGAACUUGCACUGUCUGCUCCCCAUUUAUUACCGUCGGUUAUUUCCACAUUUCACUUUUCUGGACGCGGCCUUGAAGUGCCAGCCUGUGUGUGCCCUAUAUAAUACGACGAAAUGAUUUCUAUUUUUAGAUAAAUUAUUCUGGGUUUCAGCUGUGGUAACUGGCACUCCUGACCCGUAACUCGCCAUCAAAUAUUAGCGUGUUGUCGUCAUGUCAUCCUUUCAUUCAGGUGUGUGUCAACUCAACUCUCCAUCCCUCAUUCUGUAUUGGCAACGAAAGGAGGACUCCGACAAUCAGUUUGAAACAGAUAGUCCUUUUUUUUUUCUUUUUUAAAUUUUUGUUAAUCUGAAAGGAAAAUAUGUUGCAACAUGUGGCUGUGUCUGUCAGCAGUAGCCUGUGGGAAGGUUGAGAGCUGGUGCAAGUUUUUUCUUUGAAAGUUACAACAGCUUUUUCACCACAGUUUCAUAAGAUGAAGAAAUUUUAUUGCUUCAGUUACAAAAGGGGCUUUUGCUCUGGUCACUAAGGGUGCAGAAAGAUGUGUGUUCAACACAUCCAUCAGCCUGAUAGCCGUAAUUUUUCGUAUUUAUUCUCUUCUGUGGAUGCUCUCGCACUGGUCUCACCUUUCUUGGUAUACUAUGGAGAUUACGCUGUGUUUGUGGAUGAGAAUGACUGAGUAUUGAACGAUGUCUGGGUGUGACGAUUUCAGCUAUGACAAGUGGUGAUGUCCAAAUGGUAGAUUUAUUCCAACGUGAAAUGGCUGUUCCAUGCAACUCCGUGUUUGUGUGUACUGGUACUAGUUGGCAGUUCGUCUGUUUGAGAUGUUGUAGAUAUAAGUAUUACGUGGGUCUGGACUGCUACAAGUUUUGCUCAAUGUGCCUUUCUGUUCUUUCAUUUUGCCAGGUUGAUCCUUUCUUUGUUGUGGGGAAUGUUCAUCAGAGAUUUGGUGUCUUGUUCAAAUUUGCUGAAGAUGUUGACGAGAGGGGGGGCUGUCUUUUUUUUUGGUAACGUAAUGACACACAAUGAUAACGAUGAUCAUAAUGAAUUGUGUUUAUGUCGUGGUUUCACUAGAAGAGUUUUUUGUGUGGCUUGUACAACAAAUUUGACUUUGACAAUUUUUGAGUUUAACAACAUGUUUAGCUUUUGGGAAUGCAGUUCUUUCAAUGUCUUGAUAGCGACUCUGAAUCAUCAUCAUCAUUGCCUUUCUCACCCUGCACCAGCAACUCUGAAUAAUCUGAUGAUUUUGAUAGAGUAGAUAGAACAUUUGAUUUCUGACGUCAUGGUCUUAGCAACUCAAAACGGCCAAAAAUGUCAGAUAGAACUUCGUAAUUCUAAGGUAGCGACUUUUUG